AUUAAGCGCUGGUUUUGAUUAUCAGUUUUCUGGUUUUCGUUUCUGAAUUUUAAUGACGGAUAAUUGCAAACACGUCCUCAAAGUAAAGACAAGCAUCCAGUUAGGAAUACUCUCCCCAGAACACUGGCAUUGCAGCAGUUGCCAUACAACAGAAAGUGUUUGGGCCUGUCUGUCAUGCAGCAACUUUGCAUGUGGCCGUUAUAUUUCUGAGCAUGCGUUGCAACACUUUCGACAAACAAAUGUAAGUUUUCUACUUCACUAUUUUAUUGAAGGGUAGCAUCCUCUGUGUAUAGAUGUGAAUGAAAAAUUUGUAUACUGGUAAGUACUGUUUCUUCUAACCGUUUGAUAUUAAGUUAUAUAUGUGAUGACUUUGUUCUCAAUGAUAACGCGCCGGGUGAUAUUAAACUUCUCCGCAUGGCUUUGGAUGCAGUCACUACUCAAGAUUUCGGCCAGCUUCUCAAACAAAAAAGAGGCAGACGAAUUCUUAGGUUCCGUGGUAAAAACGCUGAAAAGUAAGAAUGCCACUCUAGUUUUUACAGUUACUUAGGAACGGUUUACGUCUGUUAAAGGCAGAUGAUAUACAUGCUGCAGUUGUCCGAAACAGGUAACACUUCUCAUAAAUCAACAAGUUUCAAGAAUUUCUUGUCUUUCAUGGGCAUUACAUCUUUGGUGGUCAAAGUAUGCUGAGUCGAGAGUAAGUCAUUACUAGUCAGCUAUAUAUAAGGCUAUUAGCUUAACACAGUUAACCCCAAGAAAAAGACAAAAAGCAGAAAGAUACCUCUGACACUAACUCCUGCAUUUACAGGUUUGCGCAACUUGGGAAACACCUGUUACAUGAAUUCGAUAUUGCAGAUUUUACGGUAACACGAUUUCGUAGUUGUUAAUAAACUUGAUUUUAGUCACACUGCUCCUUUCGCUAAUUAUAUCAUGAACCAUACGUUGAGUGAAAUUAAUUCUCAUUCAAGGAAACGCCGCAGCCACCUUGAUGAUUUAUCGAUUGCAGACCCAGUGUGUCCUGUCAAGCGACAAGCAAUUACAUCACUAUUUUCGAAAAAUCAAGUGAUAAUAACUCACAGCUAUGAAAAUUUAUGGAGUUCACUACCUACCAAAACACCUUCAUGUUCUCCAAAUACAGAAAAUGGUUUUGGUCCUUGUUGUGAGCCCAACUUAGUUUCUGUAAAAAAGAAUAUCAUUCCUAAGUGCAAAUCCUUUGGUGGUUUAAAUGGCGGCCAGUGUCAGAAGUUUAUGUAUGACUGUUAUCAGCAAUCACCUUCCUCAUCGCUAGUUAAUCCGCAAGUAUCAUCAAUACCUUCUCUUUAUGAUGAAAUGCAUAAUUUAUUUAAGCUAUUAUGGUCAGGUCAAAGGUCUAUUGUCAGUCCAAGUAACCUCUUAAGUGUUGUUUGGGCCACCCUUCCAACGUUUAAAGGAUAUAAGCAACAAGAUGCCCAGGAAUUUUUGAGUUUGUUGCUUGACCGUUUACAAGCAGAACUACAUAGUGCUCCAAUGUCUGUCUCUGUCAGUGGUUGUGAUUUUAUCACCCGAGCUUUCCGUGGAUAUUCCGUGAGUCAUAUACAAUGCUCUACUUGUCAUGUAACCGCUUGUACUGAAGAGCCGAUUUAUGAACUUAGUCUUUCACUACCCACCAAAUGCCAUUCCGAUGAGUCGUGUACAUUUGAUAUUGUAGAUUUGCUUCGUCAGUUUGUUAGCCCCUCUCCGAUUGAUGGAGCCAGUUAUGCCUGUGUUAAAUGCAAUCAGUGUUCAGAAAUAAAUAAAGAAGAAACAGAUUUCUCGGGAUCGGCACUCAAUCAGUGCAGUUAUGAUUCAAAUGAUCAUUUAGGCAAUUUGUCUUAUCCUGUGAAUAAACUUAUAUCUAUCGCUCUGUCCAGGCUCGCAUCUCCAUCUUGCAGUCCUCAGUUAUCUUACCCUGAUUUCAGUACAUCAUGCGAGUUAACUGAAACUUUUUCCCUGUCAGAAAGUCCAUUAUCCGCCACUUCAAGUGUAACUGGCCUUGAAGAACAAUACACUAAUCCACCGAUUGAAAGAUCAUUCCAAAUUACUCAGCCAUCCGUUGUUCAAUCUGGUCUUGAAGAACAAUACACUAAUCCACCGAUUGAAAGAUCAUUCAAAAUUACUCAGCCAUCCGUUGUUCAAUCUGCAAUAAUCAAUUCACCUAAGAAUUCUCCAACUCCUCUUCCUAAGAACUCAUUAUUAACUCAUGCAACCCAAACAAUUCGCCUUUCUAAACUCCCACGAGUUUUGCGGUUACAUAUCAAACGCUUCCGUUGGGUUGGUAGACAGAGAGAAAAACUAACAUGUCAUGUAUCAUUUCCUCUUAUCUUGAAUAUGAGUGAAUUUGUGUUAAAUGAUGUAGAUAGAGCAGAAUGUCAUCAGCCUCAUUUACACCAGACAAAAUCUGAUCAUAUAGAUGAACCUAAUGCCUCUAUCGAUAACUUAAACUGUCAUCAGUCGUCCAUAUUCACUUUGCCAAAAGAGUUUGAGAAAAGUUCACUUAAGUAUCUUUAUCACUUGACCGGUGUUGUCGUGCAUCAUGGGCGAGGGUUUCAAUCUGGUCAUUAUACCUCUUACUGUUUGAAUGAUAAUCCAGAGUGUUGGUUGCAUUGCAAUGAUGCUAAUGUAUCUUUAUGCGAUUUCUCAGAAGUAGCAUCAGCUCAGGCCUAUAUUCUAUUUUAUUCAGAGCUUAUGCCACGAACACCCUUUCCAAACUGGUAUAAAGAUUCCAUAGCUUCUGUUAGUCCCUACAGCACAACGCCUUGUUCUGUUUCAGAACCCGAAUCAUUAAAAAAUCAGUCUAACAGUCCAUCAUGUUCUAACAAUCAUGAAAGUACUUGUAAAAAUUACCAAGACAAUUCUGUAUUACAGGAAAAAGAAUCAAAAACAUAUUCAACCAGAAGUUAAAAUGUAGUUAUAACCCAAGUAAUUCCUUUUUUUAAUGCAUUUAUAUUCGAUGUGUAUAUCGCAUUCAAAAGUUCGUUGUAAAAUUGGAAUCAUUAUUUUCUUUUAGUCACUUGCCUCUAUACUAAUCAUCCAUAUGGAUUAGUAUUAUUGAAAAUUUUAAUACAUCUAGUCCCUUGUAAAACACUGCAUUUCUUUUUCCUAUAUGUAUUUUGAUUUUGUAAACCAAUUAUCUUCUUCUUAUAGAGGCUUUUUUGCGCCUGAUUCCAGUCUAUUGUUGUGUUUGUCCAAUGUGUGACCUGUAUGUAUAACACAUUCAGUUUUUAUAUACAUAAUUAUGACAUAUAUUUAAUUUUCUUUGUUAAUGAUGAGUGUUUUUUAUUUAUUAUUUAUACAGUUAUUGUUGUUAUCUAACCAACUUUUGUGUGAUAUGAUCACCGAGUUUUUCGUGUGUGCAAUAAUUAAAAAAAAGAUAUAUUCUUAAUAAAAUUAUAUCUCCUACUAAAUUACAGUAUCAUUGAUAAUAGAUGAUGUUUUUUUGGCGGGGGGGAAGGAAGAAAAUUCAACACCAAUUGUUUGCUACUCUUUUUAUGAUUAUGUUUCAGUUGUUGUUAUUACCUAUAGUAUGUUGUCGUUUACAUUCAUUCACUUUAUAACACAUUCCCUUCUUAUAAUUAAUUUUCUUUUGUUUUGGUCGAAAUUAACUUUCCUACUGUAUUUGUAUGUAUAUAACUGCUUUACUGGUUCUAGUUUGACUUUUGUCUAAAGUUGAUGGCAAAAUAAAGUCUAUAAAUUUCGAUAGUAAAUUAUCGUUGUUAGUUCUAAUUCUGAUAUAAAGAUGCUUUUUGUAAAUGAGAAUUGCUCAAACUAUCUAAUAACAUGUUUAUGUGUACUUUGACAGGAUUAGCCUACUCUAAACGCUAGAAUAUUUAGUUCUACGUGUUGUUCAAUGGAAGUUGGCCAUUUAUAUUCGUGCAUUUGUACAGUUUGACAUUUAUCCUUUGUUCAUUACUUUACUUUCAUGUUUAUAAUUAUUCUGUCAAAUUGGAUAGAGCUGCUUAUUUGAAAAUUCAUUCAGUACUAGGGUAUUUUCAAUACAAACAGUAAGUAUGCUUAUAUUCUACGAACUAUCGACAUGGUGGUUUAAUAGAAAUCAAGAACAGACAAGAAAACAUAGACUUAUAUAUGUCUUCAUUGGUAUGUGAGUUGAUUGGCUGGUUGUAUUAUUUUUUCUAUAAGUAAAAGAUGGCUUUCUUAUAUGUGGAAUUUACUGUGUCUGAUUUCUAAACUCCACAUAACUUUGAUUAUUUUCAUCGAUUCUUUAGUUCGUACAUGUAAAGUUUUUUUCGAAAAAAGGUGAAUUACAUCCUUCUGCAUGUUUAUCUUUACGAAACAUGUUCAAAUGCUGAAUUCAAGAAAUAACUAUUUGAAACAUCCAUCAUGCGUAAAUUAAUGAUUGUACU